AGCGUUCUCUGCGAACUUUUAUUUUGAAAAUUAUAACGAUUCAGGAAGAGGAGGAUAAUAUCUUUUCCGGUUCAGGAUCGUAAGAGGACAGACAUGACUCGACACGGGAAAAACUGCACAGCAGGAGCCGUUUACACUUAUCACGAGAAGAAGAAAGACACCGCCUCUUCUGGUUAUGGGACACAAAGUGUGCGUUUGGGGAAGGAUGCGAUCAAAGACUUUGACUGCUGCUGUCUGUCCUUACAGCCCUGCAGGGACCCCGUCGUGACUAAAGAUGGAUACUUGUAUGAAAAAGAAGCCAUCCUGCAAUACAUCCUUCACCAGAAAACAGAAAUUGCCAAGAAAAUGAAGGCAUAUGAGAAGCAGAAAAAGGCUCUAAAGAGUGAAGGCCAGCUGGAGUCCAAGUCUGAGGAGCGAGAGAGAGCUGAGAAGUUCAAACAGAGAGAGAACAACAUCGUCUCCAAGCCAAUCAACCCCUUUACCUCAGAUAAAUCUAAUGAUGAAGAAAGCCAGAAGGGCUCAAGCAGCUCCUCCAGUUCUGACACAGGAGCGUCCAGUUCCUCUUCAGCUCUGCCCAGCUUCUGGAUCCCCAGCCUCACACCAGAGGCAAAGCCCACCUUGCUUAAAAAGCCUUCAAAAACAGUGUUGUGCCCCAUGUCAGGAUGUCCUCUGAAGAUGAGUGAUUUGAUUUCAGUGCGCUUCACUCCACUGGACCCCAGUCUGGACAGAGUGGCCCUCCUCACACGCCAAGACAGAUACGUGUGUGCAGUAACCAAAGACACGCUUGGGAACUCUGUGCCCUGUGCAGUCCUUAGACCCUCUGGAGCCGUAGUCACUAUGGAGUGUGUGGAGAAGCUCAUACAGAAAGACAUGAUUGAUCCAGUGACUGGAGACGAACUGAAAGAGAAGGACAUCAUACCUCUCCAGAGGGGUGGGACUGGCUUUGCAGGGUCAGGAGUGGACCUCAAAGCUAAAGAGGCCAGACCUGUUAUGCAAGCAUAAACGAGAGGAUUGGACGACGCUUUGACCCUGUAAAUAUUGUCACUGGUUUUGCUGAACUUUUUUAUAGUGCUUUUGUUGUCAGUUGUUUGAUGAGGGGUAAUCUGAGUGAUAUCCCAAAGAUGGUAUUAUGCCAAAAUAUACAGUAGAUGUGCUUUUUUUUCUUUUCUUUUUAAAUAAAUCAUUCAUUUUACAUGCUUCAAAAAA